ACUAAAAUCAGGCGUCUGCUCUUCAUUGCCGACAAAUGCAACACCACCGCAAUGCAGUUGGAGGCUCUAAGGAUGGCUUAUGAGGAGAUUAAGAGAGGCUCGGACACGGUGUCAUUCAGUGAUGUUGUUAGCAAGAUUGAUGGCCGUUUGGGGCCCGAUUAUGGCCUUGACCAUGUUUGGAUCGAAUCCGAGGAUCUCCGGGCAGAGAAAAAGAAGAACAGGCUCGAAAAUGAUCUCAAUCCUUAUAUGAAAAAUUAUUCUAUAAAAGAGAGCAUUAGAAUGGGAUUCACUGAGUUUGGAGAUUUCUAUUAUAGCCGCGUUAGCAUUGAGAUGAGCCAAUCUGUACAUGUUACAACCUAUGCUAACAAAGCAAAGCAAAUCCAAGAUGCUUUAGAUCCUAUUACAAUGUCCAAACUUUGUUGCGCUCUUGGGUUGGCACACUUAGAGGCUAAAAGAUACAAGCUCGCUGCUCGGAUGUUUUUGGAAGUUGGUCAAGAGUUGACGAACCAUUAUAUGGAAGUAAUUGCACCCCAAGAUGUUGCAACAUACGGUGGCCUUUGUGCACUUGCAAGUUUUGAACGAGCAGAACUGAAGCCAUGAUGCUUUGUGUCUUGAGUACCUAGGAAACCUUAAAGCAAACCUAUCGCUCGAUAUCCAUUUGCAUGACCACGUCGAAACACUGUACAGUCAGAUCCGUAACAAAGCUCUCAUACAGUACACUCAUCCAUUCGUCUCCAUUGAUCUGCACCUGAUGUCCAAUGCUUUUAAGACCACUGUUUCGGGGCUGGAGAAGGAGCUUGAAUCUAUGAUUACCAAUGACCAGAUAAAGGCUCGCAUUGACUCCCACAACAAGAUUCUAUAUGCACGACACGCAGACCCGAGGAAAACAACGUUUCACAAGGCUCUGCAGACCGGUUGGGAAUUUGACCGAGACACGAGAGCUAUGCUUUUGAGAGCAAACCUUGUGAUGCAUGAGCCGAGCUCCUUGAAACAACACCACCAACAACCUAGUUCGAUCCCACACUAGUAGGGUCUGGGAACACAAGAAUAAUACAAUAUACAGAUAACAUAUGUGAUGAGGUGAAAAAAGGAUAUGGAUUCUU